UCCUCCUUCCUCUCUGCCUGACUAUGGAGAGUCCGGACGGAGCUGAACUCUGCUUCCCACAGCUCCUGAACACCUCGUGCAGGAAGCCGCAGCAGGAUCGAGCUGAGGCCGCUUUCCUUUACGUCCUCUUGUCCGGCAUCUCGUUGCUCACUGUGACUCUCAACCUGCUGGUCAUCAUCUCCAUCUCCCACUUCAGGCAGCUCCACACCUCCACCAACCUCCUCCUCCUCUCGCUGGCCGUCUCAGACUUCCUCGUUGGCUUCCUGCUGAUGCCGGUUGAAGUCCACCUCGUAGGCGGCUGCUGGUUUUUGGGAAGCAUGAUAUGCAGUUUAUAUAACUAUGCCUCUUUUAUUGUUACAUCUGCCUCAGUGGGAAACAUUGUGCUCAUAUCGGUCGACCGAUACGUGGCCAUUUGUGAACCUCUCUGUUACCAUACCAAAGUCACUCAGAAAAGAGUCAAAGUGAGCGUUUGUCUGUGUUGGGCUGGUUCUCUGUUGUACAACGGCGUGAUACUGAACGUCUUCCUGAAAAAUCCAGACACCUGCAAUUCCUGCUACGGAGAGUGUGUGGUCGUGAUUAACUUCGCAACAGGAGCUGUUGACGUCGUGCUGACCUUCAUUGGCCCCAUUGCGGUCAUCGUCGUUCUGUACAUGAAGGUGUUCGUGGUGGCUGUGUCUCAGGCUCGAGCGAUGAAUUCUCACAUCGCAGCCGUCACACACCAGGCCUCGGUUAGUGUAACCGCCAGGAAGUCGGAGAGAAAAGCAGCCAGGACUCUUGGAAUUGUCGUGGUUGUGUUUCUAAUAUGUUUCUGCCCUUAUUUCUAUCCCUCUCUCACGGGACAGGACAUGUCAACCAGCGGGGCAUUUUCGAUUUUUGGGGUGUGGCUGCUUUAUUGUAACUCCUGUAUAAAUCCAGUGAUUUAUGCUUUUUUCUAUCCCUGGUUUAGGAAAUCGAUCAAACUCAUCGUUACACUUCAGAUAUUGCAGCACGACUCCUGUGACGCACACAUACUGUAGAAAUGUUGCAAAAAGUCACUUGACAUUAUAAAAUAUAUAUAUAUUCCGGAGGUUGUAAUGAAUGAGUCGUAAAAAAUUAGCCUCAAGUAAAAAAUAAUAAUGUUGGAUUACAAGUUUGCAGCCGCCGUUGUAUUCAUGUCAAUAUCAAUCUACACACUAUUUUUUACAAGUGAAAAUUUAAACGUACGUACAUAUUUUUUUUUACAAGUUCUCACAUUGUAUUCUACAAGUUCACAAAUGCGAUCUACAAGCGAUUGCAUUUUGCAAAAUAUUAACCUUCAAAUGAUCUCGCUGAUUUAUGUACAAAUGAUGUUGUAUUUAGGAAGUUGGACUAUACGGUUGUGUCCAUUGUCAAUAUGUGUGUGUGCGUGUGUAUGUGAAGUUCCCAGGACAGAGCCAUACCAGCAAAUG